UCCAGGUUUAAUAAUCACAUGGUAAAACAUAACAACGGGGUAAUGCAUCAAAAUGCUUCCGUUGAACCAUUCACACCCACGACGGAGAGUACAUCACAGGCUACGUCACAGCAGCAAGACACCACGACGCGUGUACAAACUGACCGAAACACUUUGACGACACAGCAGACGUCAACUCAAACAAAGGCGGCAGGAGCUUCAACGGAGGCAACAUCGACGUCACCAACGUUACCACCAACGCAGACGACACCGCCGCCGUCUGCUUCUUUAUCAACAGCUCCAAUUGUAUUUUCUGGAUCCUUGAAAUUAAACAAAUCUUGGACACCUGACCUCAACGAUUCAGCAUCCUCUGAAUAUCAAGUGUUCUCCAAAGCUAUUGUAUAUGAGAUAGAUACUGCAUUUCUCACUAGUCCUAUGAAACAUAUCUUCAACAAUAGUAAAGUCACAGGUUACAGUCCAGGCAGUGUCAAAGUUUUCUUCAAGAUCACUUUUUAUACCGUUGUGAAAGAGGAUGGACAGGUCGAUAUGUUGAGUGUAAACGUCACGGACGUGCAGCAGACGAUUGAGCGCGAGGUGACGAGACAGCAGACGACACGAACCAAUGGCUUCCUCGGUGCAGUUAUGGCGGAGAGCAUAACAAUCAAGUUGGUGAAUGCCCCUGUUGUGUUCAUCGGCGAUCUCUCCCUUAACGAGGCGUGGAACGACGCUCUCAGCGAUCCUACGUCACCAGUUUUCCAGAAUCUCACGUCCCGUCUGAAAGAAGAGCUAUUGGCCUCCUUGAUGAAUUCUAUUCAAAAUGAGUUCCUCGAUGUGCAAAUUAUGGGAUUCCGGAAAGGCAGUAUAAAUGUCAUAUUCAAAAUCAUUAUGACGGUCAAUACAACUCAAGACACGCCAUUAAUUGAGGUAUCAUCGGUUAUCCAAGCCAUUCAAAGUGAAGCCAACCGCCAACUUCAAGAAGCCGUGACUGGACUACUACAGAAAUUGAUAUCGCUGUCAGUGGAAAAUCAGACUAUAGCGAACGCAACUACGUCAGCUCCAGUUACAACAUCACAGGAAACACGGACGACCCAGCCAACGACUACAACACUGCCAACAACUACAUCAACAAUGCCCACAACUAAAACAACACAGCCAACAACGACAACAACACAACCAACAACCACAACUACCCAGCCAACAACUACAACAACACAGUCAACAACGACCACAACCCAGCCAACAACGACAACAACACUGCCAACUACCACAACAACACAGCCAAUAACGACCACAAGACAGCCAACAACCACAACAACACUGCCAACAACGACCACAAGCCAGCCAACAACCACAACAACACAGCCAACUACCACAUCAACACUGCCAAUUACCACAACAACACAGCCAACAACGACCACAACACAGCCAACAACCGUGAUUACCCAGCCAACAACCACAACAACACUGCCAACAACGACCACAACCCAACCAACUACCACAACAACACAGCCAACAACGACCACAACCCAGCCAACAACGACCACAACCAAGCCAACAACAACAACAACACAGCCAACAACGACCACAACCCAGCCAACAACGACGACAGCACUGCCAACUACCACAACAACACAGCGAACAACUACAACAACCCAGCCAACAACGACCACAAGACAACCAACAACAACAACUACCCAGCCAACAACGACCACAACCCAGCCAACAACGACCACAACACUGCCAACUACCACAACAAUACAGCGAACAACUACAACAACCCAGCCAACAACGACCACAAAACAACCAACAACAACAACUACCCAGCCAACAACAACAACACAGCCAACAACGACCACAACCCAGCCAACAACGACGACAACACUGCCAACAACCACAACAAAACAGCCAACAACUACAACAACCCAGCCAACAAUGACCACAACCCAGCCAACAACCACGACUACCCAGCAAACAACGACGACAACACUGCCAACUACCACAACAACACAGCCAACAACGACCACAACCCAACUAACAACCACAACUACCCAGCCAACAACGACGACAACACUGCCAACUACCACAACAACACAGCCAACAACGACCAUUACUCAGCCAACAACCACAACUACCCAGCCAACAACGACCACAACACAGCCAACAACGACCGCAACCCAACCAACAACCACAACUACCCAGCCAACAACGACGACAACACUGCCAACAACAACAACAACACAGCCAACAACGACCACAAGCCAGCCAACAACUAUAACAACCCAGCCAACAACGACGACAACACUGCCAACUACCACAACAACACAGCUAACAACGACCACAACCCAGCCAACAACCACGACUACCCAGCCAACAACCACAACAACACAGUCAACAACCACAACAACAUUGCCAACAACCACAACAACACAGCCAACAACCACAACUACCCAGCCAACAACCACAACAACACAGCCGACAACCACAACAACCCAACCAACAAUCACGACAACCCAGCCAACAACGACCACAAAACAGUCUACAACUACAACAAUACAGCCUACAACCACAUCAACUCUGCCAACAACGACUCAACUUUUAAUUCGUUCUACUUCAAUAAUAACACCUGCUGCCCAACCUCCGGUUUGUCAGGAGAAAAUGUCAAUAUCAACAAAAGGGUGGUUUUGUGCUCUUCCAUAUUACACUGAUUUAACAACAAAAUUAUCUUCUAGUGAGUUUUGCAGGAUUAUGAGAGACAUAUUCACAUGCAUCGUAAAUAACGUUGAAACGGACUAUAACGUCACGUGUCUCCCUGAAACUGUGGAAACGGUGGCCGGUAUUUACGGACCGACUUUGCAGAGCACGUUUGAGAUGCCUUACUCCUUAAAACAAUGUGAUUUCCGACCUGUUGUCGAGACAACUGUACAGUCAACUCUUAGCUCAACGCCAGAUUCCACUACGAUGUCAUAUCAAGAAACCACUUCAACGACUCAGUCCACUUUACAAACUCAGACAACAACAACAAUUUCCAGGACAUCACCAAUGACAACAACCUCCUUGACAACACCAGUGACAACAUCUCUACCUCGAAGUAAAUGUAGGGAGAGCAAUAUAAUCAUCACCAAGGGUUGGAACUGCGUUGUGCCUCAAGUUAUGAAUAUUACUAAAGCUCUUGAUUUCGACAAAUUUUGCAGUAUCGUCAAAGAUGUGUUUGAUUGUAUAAUGGAUGGGAUAGAAAAGCAAUUCAAUGUGUCGUGUGACCAAAACGAUACAACUAUUGCUAUAGAAUUAUUCAGCCCCAUGUUAACGAAUGCGUUCAGCCUUAAGAACAAUCCAGCAGAUUGUUAUAUUGUUACCACUACUCAGAGAAUGACCACUACUGUGAAGUCAACGCCUGAAAUGACGUCAUCAAAUCCACCAUCCUCGACUCAUAUAUCUACUUUGUCAGAAACGGUUUCAACCAUUACCACCAGUUUGACCCCUAAUCCAUUACUCGCUAAAUGUAAAGAUAGUGGAGUUUUUCUUGAUAAGAGCCUACAAUGUGUUUUACCUUAUUUUGAACAAAUCUCAACAGCAAAAGAUAAUGAAACAUUCUGCAGAGUUGUGGAUCAGAUUUUCCAGUGCAUCAUCGACAAAAUAGAAUCAGAGUUUGGGGUCACUUGUAGCGAAAAAGACAAAGAACUUGCUAUUUUGUCCUACGGACCAACGUUGCAAUCUAGCCUAAGCCUGAGCUUUGCACCCACGAAAUGCGAGUUUGAAACAACUACCAUUACAACACCAUACAUACCAAGUUCAGCAGUGCCUGAGUCGAAGACAACCUCCACAUCCACAUCGACAACAUGGACUACUGGUCAAAGCACAACAACACUACCCCCAUCUUCUCAAAUGACUGUACCAAUAACCACACCCGUGUCUUCAACCACUACGCUGUCCCCUUCGCAGCUAAAAUGUCAUAACGAGGCAGAAAUCAUGGCUAGAGGAUGGCAGUGUGCUCUGCCUUUGUAUAGCAACCUCACAACGUCAUCCGACCUACCGGAAUUCUGUCUAGCUGUGGGCGGGGUAAUUGAAUGUAUCUUGAGUGAUAUUGAAUACAAUUAUGGCGUAAACUGCAGCAGAAGUGAUCAACAAAACGCGCUUUCGUUUUACGGUCCAACUCUACAGUCAUCACUUCCACUGGGCUUUAAUCCCACAAACUGCUCCUUAGGCAGCGAUGGAAUAUCUGUUGUUCCCGUGACCAUUGAGCCUGGGACGCCAUCUCGGGUGACGUCAUUUCCUGUUACAAUUACUUCACCGGUAUUACCAUCUACAGAAUCUUUAUCACUGUCUGUCUGUAAGGAUACUGCAUUAAUCCUUUCCAAAGGCUGGGUCUGUGCUCUUCCUAAGUACAUGGAUAUUUCUACAACAAAUGAUGUGACUGCAUUUUGUAGAGCGACAGAAUCCGUGUUUACCUGUAUUCUGGACAGCAUCAGUUCUGAGCACGGUGUGACUUGCACAGCCAGUUACAAGGAUACUGUGAUUGAAACUUACAGCCCAAACCUCCGCUCUAUUUCCACUGCUUCCCUAGAUCCCCGACAGUGUUAUAUAACAACUACCACUCCUACCACUACCACUGAAUCUCCACUUUUGGCUAAAUGCCAGGACAGCGCCACUAUAACGUCAGCAGCAUACUUCUGUUUCCUUCCUCUCUAUAUCAAUAUGACGACUGCCACUGAUAAAUUAGAAUUCUGCAGUGUAAUAGAGGUGGCCUUUUCUUGUAUUGUGAAGAAGAUAGAAGCCGAUUACAGCAUCCGGUGUAGAGAGGGUGACAAGGAGAAGAUGAUUAGCAAUUACGGGGCGGAUCUUACCACUUCUCUCAAACUCAAAUUUGACCCCCUUAAUGAUUGUUAUAACAUGUCAGAAAAACAUAUACGAAUUGCAAGAUUUGCUGGAAUAGCGCGAUACUCACCUUGUCAGGACAGAAUGGAACUAUUGGCAAAGGGAUUGUAUUGUUUAGAUCUCUUCCAUCAAAAUGUAAGCCAGUUACUCAAGGAAGCAUCUUUUGAAAGAUUUUGCAGUGGUAUUGAGAUUUUCUCUUCCUGCGUCAUGACCGAAAUGGGGAAAAAACUCAAGGGUUCGUGCAAUGAAGUGGAACAAGAAAUUUUCAUAUCAAACCACAGUAUCAGCUUGGAAAAGACAUUUAGCCUCGCUUUCAAACCCGCAGACUGUUUCAUGGCGUCAACCACAACAGUGGAAACUACCACUACAUCACCACCAAGUCUCUGUCUUGAUUCAGAACUUAUAUAUGUCAAAUUGAUGCUAUGUGCUGGUCCUGUUUUUUCAUCAUUGAAAUCGGAGAAAAAAUUCACAUCAUUUUGCGGGGUUUUCUUUAAAGUUUUCGGGUGCAUCAUAGAUAGAAUAGAAUCCUCAGAAAAUAUCACAUGUUCCAAAUCAGAUGAUGCCAGUAUCGCUCAGCUUCACGGUUCAGAGAUCCACCGGAGAUUGGCUCUUCCGUUUAACCCCGCGGAUUGUUAUCAACCAGCAAGCACUACAACCGAACCCAUUACUCAACCCUCAAGUACUACAUUAAGUACUUUAGCAGAGACUAGUACCCAGCCCUCAACUAGUACUACAACCACGACCAGUACUCUAUCCUCAAUCGAUUCCUCUUCAACAAAACAUACCACGAUAUCAAUUUCGACCGAAACUACAUCGAACCCGACGACAAUAGAACCCGGCCCGUGUCGGGAUCUAAACAAAGUUAAUAUGUUCAUCCUGCCCUGCAUUGGUCCAGUCUUUUCAUUCAUUUCGUCAACCAAGAAUUCAACUAAUUUUUGUGGGCUUAUGAUGAGAGUGUUCGACUGCAUCGUUAACAAAACCGAGAACGAUGGAAACGUAACAUGUUCUUUGGACGAUAAAAAAGAACUAAUGGAAGCAAUCGGACUGCAGAUGAACAAAACACUGCCAUUACCGUUCAGUCCAGAACUCUGCACAGUUCUUCUGGAAAAGCCUUUGGUAGAAUCCACACCAGCCUCCGUCACUAAUAUCACAACGCCUGUAGAUUCCAUUUCACUAUUAAUGACUACGGCCAGCACAACCCCUGUGACAACAGAUCCAAGCCCUUGUCAAGAUGUUAACAAAAUGAACAUGUUUAUACUGCCCUGCAUUGGACCUUUGUUUUUCACUAUUUCAUCAGCGAAAAACGCAACCGCAUUUUGUGGAUAUAUCGUGGAAGUGUUUGAUUGCAUCAUCAAUAAAACAGAAGUUGAGGCAAACAGAACGUGUUCCCAGAAGGAUGCCAGAAAGCUUGUGCAGACAAUCGGGCUCCAGAUGAACAAAACACUGCCAUUUAACAUAAAUCCAAUGUUAUGCUCUGAGCGAUAUGGUUAUUUUGAAACAACAACAACAACAACAUCCGAGUUCACAACCAUAAGUUUAAAGGAUUCAAAAUGUAAAAGUAAGUCGGAGAUAUUUUCUCAAGGAAUUCAUUGCAUUGGACCGUAUUACAAGUUUUUAAUGACGGCAACCCAAUAUGGAGCAGUUUGCAGCUUUUUGCAAUUAACGUUUAAUUGCAUUUUUGAGCGAAUUGAAAAACAACACAACGUUACUUGUCCUUCUUUAGUUCGGAAUGAAGCUAAAGCAAUGUAUGCAGUUGAUGUUUACAAGGGUCUUCCACUGAAAUUCCAACCAGAUAGCUGUCCUGGCAAUAUAAGUUGCUUUAUAGAGGUUGGAAGUCCAGAAUACAGAGAGUGUUUUGAAACGUUCUUUAUUUUCGAAAAGUACAAUGGCUCAAUCUACAAUCUGAAGUUGUCUGAAAACGAAAUAUGCAGUGCCUACUGGGGAAUGAUAAUGUGUUUGCAGAACCGUGAUAUUAACUGUGGCAUCGAAGACACUCACAAAAUACUUAGCCAGUAUCUAUUGGAUUCCAACGCCUCUAUUACAAUCCCAACAGCUUGUUCAAAAAAUACAACUCUUGGUAGAACUCUCUGUGCGGAUGACGAUUUUCCUCUUCUUACGAUUCAAGCAAAGUGUGGAUUUUAUCCCAUCCUUAUCCCUUUUGAUUGUGAUAGACAUGGAUGGGAAUACAUAAAAUGCGCUGCAGAGAGCCUUGAUCCUCUCAAAUGUAAUGCUGACAGCAUAUACGGUGUUGUCACUGUAUUGAUACAAGCUAAUCGAAGCUUCUUUGACAGAAUAAACCCGGGUAGAGGAGAGGAAGUUUAUUCAUGCAUCAAUAAGACAACAUUUAACUGGAUAGCUACAUAUAAGCCAAAUGAGGAUGAAAAUAAUCAGCCACCUAGGCCUUUACCGGAAGUUAUAAAGACGGGGCUUUCUAUCACGAUCUCCGAUGUUGUGUGGACUUCAGAUCUUCUUGAUCCGAGCUCCGGUCACUAUCGCAGUGUCGCCAGUUAUGUCAUGAAUAAUCUAACUAUAGCGUUUGGGUCUGAACCAGAAAUUCUACAGAUAGAAAUUGUAUCGUUCAGAAGAACCAUUACAGAGAAUGUUACGACGGUUGACCUUGAAGUCACAUUCAACACGACAUCUCUUAGUUCUAUAGACCUUCUACCUGAAAAUGAUACCGAUCCCGACCUUUUCUACAACUUGAACGUUGUAUCAGUUUCGGAAUUUUCUAUGAAUACGAGAAAUUCCAGCUGCCCAGCAGUGACGUCAGAGUCCAUGUUCUGCAAUGACACGUGUAAAGACGACUUUUACUGUCAGUCGUUCGAGAAGUGUUGUUCCACCGGAUGUGGGCGGACCUGUCAGAAUAGCACUGAUUUUCGGACUAACUAUACGGAUUACUUGAGUUACCCGAUUUCUCGAGUCCUGCCAAAGAAUGCUGCCCAGUUGCUUUUUUCGGUGACCCUACCUGACUUUGAUUGGACAAACGCGUUGUUAGAUCCAUGGUCACGAUACUAUAAAGAAAUACAUGCAGGAAUUAUUAGAAAUUUUAAACAACAGAUGCAGAAUUCACAGGAAUUUCUUUACUACGAUGUGCUGUCAUUUAGGGAAGGGCGAUUUGUGAUUGCAGACAUCAUUUUGACAUAUGAUAAAUAUUUGAUCACUUCUUCAUCUGUGGUCAAUAAUUUAUACAUGCUUCACAGACAUGGCUUCAUCCAAAAUCUGAAAAUCCAAGGAGACGUCAGUUAUGACAAAUUGGUAAAACCUGGAAGCUGUCCAUAUCCGUCUCUAGCUAUAUUGAGAUCCUGUUCUGACACGUGCACAGGAGAUACAGCUUGUUCGAGAAAUCUGAAGUGUUGUUUCAAUGGUUGCGCACGCACCUGUGUCACUCCAGGAUAUGUAUAUGCACUGCAAUUAACAACAACCGAAGAAACAUUCUCUUCAACACCAGCUUCGGGAAAUACGUUGCAACCAUCUUCCAGUCCAUCUAAAGUGCUACGGAUGUCAUUUGUCUUAAAGUUAGUAGAUUACACAUGGUCCAGCGACUUAUUACAAUCAAGCUCGGACUAUUAUCAAAAACUUAAGUCUACUGUGAUCCAAAACUUCAAUGUACAGUUUAGUGGAAUGCCUGGUUACUUAGGAGUGGAAGUUGUAUCUUUUAGGGUUGGCGGACCUUUUGUUGAUCUAGUAAUCACAUACGCCCCUCCUGCUACGGAUUAUGCAACUGUACUGAACACCGUCUUCCUCCUGACCAAGCACGGAUAUAUCCACUACUUACACGUACAUAACUACCUUCGUUUUGAUCACGUUGUCAAGACUGGAACCUGUCCGCCGGUGCUAGGGCUUGGUCCCUGUAAUAUGAACUGUACGGGCGACAGCAAGUGUCCGGGGAAGCAAAAGUGCUGCUCUAAUGGGUGUGGUCUGACCUGCAGUGAUAUGAUUAUAACCUCGCCACGAACAACAAAUCCCCCGACAACAAAACCAACUACAAGACCGGCAACCAUUCCAACAACAACAACUCCAUCAACAACACUGACAACUAAUCCAACAACAAUUCCGACAACUGUUCCGAUACCAAUACAACCAGAGACUGUGAGCCUGCUGUCCGUUACGAUUGAGUUACAGGAAAACACGUGGAAUACAUCAUUACUGGAUUCACGAUCUUUUUACUACCAGUCUCUGUAUAGUACAAUCAAAACGAACAUUUUGCAGUUGUUUAGACUAAAGCCGGGAAUUACUGACGUUUUCAUACAAUCCUUCCGGUCGCGUAACCGGGUGGAUUUAAUACUAUAUUACAACACGGAAUCCAUCGCUCUUAUCGACAUCAUCACCACGUUGAUAGCAGCACGUUCAUCCGGAGCAAUCCAUGAUCUUAAAAUCCACCACUACAUGACAUUUGACACUCAAAUGAAACCCGGUGAUUGUCCAGCAGUCUUGGUCAGUAGCGGUGCAUGUCUAGAGAGCUGUUUGGGCGACGGGACUUGUCCAGGUGUAGAAAAAUGCUGCUCCACGGGGUGUGGGCGAGUGUGUACCUCGGUCUAUCAGCCUGUCUGACCACUACAAAUCUACGGGCUGGUGCUAUGGUAUGCACACUAAUUGGACCAACUGAUUUGUUUGAGGUUCCCCGGGAUUAUUGGUUCUAGGUUCCUCAAGGAGUUGUUCUAGAUGACACCUUCUCUCUCUUCCUUUAUUAUCGCUUAUUAAACUCUUUAUUUUUCUACUGUUCUU